AUGACGAUAAUCGUGAAAGUUGGUGAUGGGUUCAGAUAUACUUGUGUUCAACGAAAGAAACAUUAUUGUAAAGGUAGUGUAACGAUAAAUUCGUCCAAAAGCAAAAUUUUAAAAUUUCAAAAAUAUUCUCAUAAUCCUGAUUCUGCUGAAGCUGAAGUAUGUUGUGCCUUAAAUGCGACGAAAGAAAAUAUUAUAAACAAUUUUGAUAUUCCUUCUAAAGUGUACGCAAAAGAAGUUACCAAAUUAACAGACGUAGCUGCUUGUUUAAUGCCAAAUGAAAAUAAUGUAAAAAGAAAUUUAAGGAGAAUCCGUAACAAUUCAUAUCCUACAAUUUCUUCCAAAGAAUUCGUAUUAGAGGGUAAGUGGACGAUGACAGCAGAACCUAAUCAGCAAAAGUUUUUAUUUUAUGAUAAUCGAUCAAUUAAUAGUCGUAUAAUUAUAUUUGCUUCUCAAGACUGCCUAGAAAUAUUAUCACAAAGUGAUCACGUGUUCAUGGACGGAACAUUUUCUUCAUGCCCUAAAGGAUUUUAUCAACUUUAUGUACUACACGUAAUUUAUAAAAUGAAACCUUUAUCUGUCGUUUAUGCGUUAUUACCAAAAAAAACACAGACAGUUUAUGUAGAACUUUUGAUGACUCUCAAAGACACGUGUUCAUCAGUGAAGUCAUUUUCUAUUGAUUUUGAACUUGCUAUGAUAAAAGCGAUUGAAGAAGUUUUUGAAGACAGCGUUUCCAUACAUUUGUGCUAUUACCAUCUUAGUCAAAGUGUGUGGCGUAAAGUCCAAAAUCUUGGUUUGGCAUCAAAAUAUACAAAAGACAAAGAAUUCCGUUGUUCAGUACGAAUGAUCAAUGCAUUGGCCUUUUAA